CCCAAAUCGAUCGAUUUGCUUUUAGCGUCCCAAGCUUUAAGGUUAUUCAUUAAACCCUUUCCCCUUUUCCAUCGUCGACUUGUUGACAACCAGCAAAAUGUCUCGACGAUUCUUGACACCCGUUCCCAUCGGACGAUUCCACUUCGAACUCUGUGCAGAUCUCUACAACCGGAUCUUCGAGAUUGGAUGGAAGGGCAGUGGACGAACCUGGGGUCAACUGCCCACGUGGUGGCAGCAUUUCCAUCCUACCGAUGCAGAAGCCUCGCACUACCACCCCUGGAUGAUCGAAUUCCUGAAACGUGUUUAAUACCACCUCGACUCCCCGCCGUUCUUCUACUACGUUGGUAGUCUGUCGUCGGGCGAGUACCUCGUGGACGAGCAUGUCAAUGGUCUAGCGGAGUCACACGACUGCUUUCUUUAUUUGCACCAUGCAACGGGUUGGAUGUGCGGCGAUGAAUAUGGGAUUCUAUUUGACCAAGUCUCAUGCAAAGCCACCUUUGUGACCCAUUGCGAAGAUAACCUCGACCGAAUCAACACGGGGUACGCCUGGAAGCCACUAGAAGAGAUCUACGGCGCAUAUCUGGCGAUGAUAGCGUCGCGCAAAGUAGAAGUCCGGCAGUGGCCCAGUGGUCGAUGGAGUUGGGAGACCGACACCGACCAGCUCGCCAACAACCCUAUCGAGACAAUAGGACCAUGGCGGUUCCAUACGUAUACUCCGACUGAUGUCCAGCUGGCUGUCCUGGCCCUGCAAGCACUUCUAGACGCGAUCGAAGCUCGCUUACCGCCGCCUGCAACCAUUGCCACUGCUAGGGCCGCUACCAUUGCUGGCACGGUUACAUCAACGCUCCCCUGGGCAGACCCGCGUGUCCGCGAGGAGGCCCGCAUCCUCCCCAACAGCUUCGCCGGGGCGUUCUGCGCCGCCACCGCGACCACCUGCACAACCACCACCCGUCGACCCUUCCGGUACCUGGCCCCGGGCAUCCGCCUCCCGACGGUCGCAGAAUUCCGCGCUCAGCCAUUUCGGGACUACGAGUAUGCGGUUCCUCUCUUGCGAGAGCUGCCUCAUCUAAGACCGAUUCGCCCCACGCUGUUGCUUGUCGCGGACCCCGGAGACUCAUCAUCACCACCCCCAUCACCACCACCAACGGUCGUCCCCAGCCCCGGCAUCGAUCGCAAUGACUUUAUCACCUCACGAAGGCAACUCAGUCUCCCGGUCCCCGCGCGACCCGCGGGGCUCUACCUAAGCGGUGACAACCGCGGCAACCGUGCUGGGGAGUCGGGGUGCCACCUGCUCCUGCCCUUCAGUAUCGGGGAGCAGGGCUGGCUGCGCCGCAGCGACGGGACGAUCAUGGGGACGGACUAUGCGGACGACAUACUCCCGACGCCCGGCAACACCAAUUCGGAACUGUAUCCGUGCGUGGACAACGGAUGCGUCCCUGGCCGCCAUGUGCCCAUUCACCAGGUGCUGCAGAACUG